AUGAAGUUCAAGGCCUUCUUCACCGAUGAUGGCAUCUCCCUCCUCGACAAGCGGUUCCUACCUGCCAUGGACAAGGUGGGGCGCGUCUGCCACGUCUUCCUCACGCCCACGCACGCCAUGCUCCUCCACAACCUCCUCGGCGCCACGGCCGCGGGGCCCGACGGCGGCGGCCCGCAGUGCGUCGCGCAGUUCGCCAAGGAUCUCCUCUUCCGGGAGUACAACCUGUCCUCGCGGAACGGGAACCAAAUCGCCUUCUCCGUCGAGGUCGCGCUGCUUCACCGCGCGCUCCGCAGCGUGCUCGCAGUCCACGCGCAGCCGCCGGCCGCCGGGGACGCUGCCGGCGCCGCCGCGAUACAGGUGAGGCUCGUCAACAAGCUGCCCGCAGGGUCACGAUCCGCCACGCCGUUCCUCACCUUCGAGACCAAGGGCUCCCGCGCGGCCGUCGUGCAGGAUGUGCCCAUCUCGCGGCCUCUCUCACGCUCCGACGUCGAGCGGUUGCAGGCCGCCCUUGACGCCGCCAAGGAUCUCCCUCAGACUCUAGUCCAGGUUCCUGAUCUGCCACAAUUGCAAAGCUUAGUGGAUCGUCUAAAAAAUGUUGGUGAUCUACUAACAGUAGCUGUUACGCAAUAUGGCGAUCUCCAUCUUCAAGUUUCCACUUCUCUUGUUACGGUUGGCUCUGAAUUCAGGAAGCUUCGGGUUAUUGGCGAUCGUGCAAAUGCACCUGUUGGUGAUCAAAAUCUGACAGCUUCGACUCGUAUGGAUAUGGCGGUUGAGAGAGGGGAAGCACUUUCAGUGCAAGUGAAUAUGAAGCACCUUGUUAAGAGUCUACACUGUCACUUCGCCAAGCCAGACUAUACCUUCUAUGGCAUUGCUCCUGGUGGUGCUUGCUUAACAGUGGUAUUCCAGUACUUCAUCCCGGGAACUAGAUUGGCAGACAAGUCCAUUAGCUUCUACUGCAGGCUUCCAGUCCUCGACCCUUGAUCCAGUUAAAUAAUUUACUGUACAUAACUAGCUUUAUAUAUCAGCAAAGAAUUUUAGGUGAGACUAUUAGCUUAGUGCCUUAGCUGUUGCAUAUUUCUUCUUGCCUACCUCAUGACUUGUUUGUAGCUGCAAUAUAUUGACUUCACAGCUAGCGAUCUGCUGCUUUAUGUGAAAAAUAUUGAAAGUGCGUUGUAAUGGCCAUAUUGCCAUUUUGGCAAUCUGCUGGCACUUUAAUUGACAUGUAAACAUAUGCUUGGAUUUGUUAAGUUUCACUUACCUAUUUGAGUCUCUGAAUUGAUU